AUGGGUGGGUACGUCCCAUCAGACCGUCUUGAGAGUGGCUAUUCAGUGUUUGGUGCUGUCACGGCAUCUGCGGUAUUCGAGGCAUUUGAGGCAUUGGAGACCGCGGGGCCAAUCGGCAAAGCCGGACACGACAUGUUCUCGACGGCUCGACGCAUGGCCAACUCGACAGGAGCGGGAGUCAUAUUAACGCCGUCGAAGACGAGUCCCGUCACAACCGCGCCCGUCACACCAAUGGCUACAAUUGUUGGCAACGACAACGACAACGACGACGAAGACGACGAUGUAGGCGACGGCAGCGGUAACGGAGAAGGGGAGGGGGACGACGAAGAGGGAGACGUAGGGGAGGAAGAGGAGGAAGAAGAGGACGAGGACGAAGAGGACGAGGAGGACGAGGAGGAAGAGGAGGAAGAUGGCGAAGAGAUCGAGGCCGGAGUCGGCGGACGACGAUCGCAUUCGUCACUCGGUCUCUGUCGAGUGGAGGGCGAGAAUAAAUCAGAACCGGGGCACGGUGAAGGCGAGAAAAGCGCCGAUUGUGAAGAAGGCGAAAAGAAGUCGAAAAUCGGCCAAACGGAGGACAAGACCGAAGAGGAGGAGACCAGAGCAGACGUCGCUGCUUGUGGUAGACUCAACGUGAAAAUGUUCGACAGCUCUGAGUCCACAAAUUUUGGUCAGUUUCUCAAAACGACCGGAACCUUGAGACAAGAGCCACACGGGACUAGGCGAACUCUACAACAAACUCAGACAGGUCCAGACGGUAGAUCCGAUAAAACAGCUGCAUUCAUCCUAUUUCACUUAAUGUGA